UUUGUUGCCAUAACUCCAAGCCUCUUCGCAACCAAUAUAUUCACAUAUCUCUCUCUCACACACACACACUAAAAAAAUGAUCAAUUGCCCAACAAAUUAUUCAACGGAGCUACCCUCAAUCCACCACCAUUAACCAACAAUGGGGAAAACAUCAAGAUUCUUCAAAUCACUUCUGGGAUUCAAAACCACCGAUUCACCACCUUCAGACCCUAAUAAUAAACAACCUAAACGAAGGUGGGGUUUUGGAAAAUCCCGUAGAGGGAUUUCGGGUCCGGUACACCUUCAUAAUCAUACGAAAUCUAUCGAUGGAACUUCACUCGAACGUCAACAUUAUAAUUCGUACAAGAAUGAAGAUCCCAACAAGCAGGCGAUCGUGCUUGCUGCUGCUACGGCUGCAGUAGUUGAUGCAGCCGUAGCAGCAGCUCAUGUGGCGGCAGAGGUGGUACGGAUGACCGGAAGAACCAUUAGCUAUGGUGGUCGAGGCGAGUUGGCUGCUAUCAAAAUUCAGUCACAUUUUCGAGGUUAUCUGGCAAGGAGAGCACUAAGGGCUUUGAAAGCCUUGGUGAGGCUGCAGGCAGUGGUGAGAGGCCAUAUUCUGAGGAAGCAAACCGCGGAUAUGAUGCGGCGGUUGCAGGCUUUGAUCCGGGCUCAGGCACGAGCAUGCGCGCUGCGGUCCCAAAUCAAUGGUUCAACCACCAAGCCAUCUACUCAGUUUCACCACAAUGGGCCUACGACUCCCGAAAAAAUCGAACAUGUUCGACAUACUAAACAUGAUCAUCGUUCCAUAUCGAAGAGGAACGGUUCAAAAUCUUAUGUUCAAGGUAUAACCGGUCACGAAAAAAUGUUUCUUGAUGGCUCAACCAAACGUGAAAACGACAAAAUUGUUUACGUAGACACCGCGGAGUCUCAUGUAACAACAAAAGGAAGAAAGCUCUUUCAACCGGACCACAUCAGUUUCCAACGUAGUCAUAGUUUGAGCACUUCAAGAGGGUCAACAUUUCAACCAACAAGCUCAAGCCCUUGUGCAUCAUGUGAAGUUAACUCUUUUUAUUAUUCAACGAGAGGGGGAGCUUCUACUCCUGCUAAAAGUGAGUCUCCGAGAAGCUGCAUUAGCAGAUUCUCGGACCACCCAAACUACAUGGCUAACACGGAGUCAUCACGCGCUAAGGUGAGGUCUCUAAGUGCUCCAAGAAUAAGGCCUCAACUCGAGUUUUCUAAUUCUGCAAGAAGAGAUUCGGGUUACAAAUAUGGCACGGGUAUGCAACGGGGUCCAACAACACGUGAUAGUUUCGCCAAGAAGACUUAUCCUGGGUCUGCUCGGCUUGAUCAGCUUAGGUUUCCAGUCUAUGAUACGGAGGACAGUGAAUAUUGUGAUGGUUAUUGGAAUUGAUGUUUUAACAAAAACCAAGCUGUUGUUUGUUGCUUCUUAUUAGUAUAUAUGUACUAGGUUAUAUGUAUAUUUUUUUAAAAAUUUGUAGCAUCAUGGGGAGACAUGUUAGAGUAUGCUUAUAAUGUCAUACAAAUAAAUAGCAACAUGUCUCUUUGUGAUACUACAACUUGAUGUUAUAGUAUGUUUAUUAUCCGUUCC